AUUCAAUAAUAAAACAGAUUUCUUUCUUAUUGAUUGCACGAACAGUCGGUAAGGAAUUACCGAAAUAGAGAUACAAGGAAAAGUAGGUCAAAUCCUUUCACUCGUUGGAAUUAAUUCUUCAAAGUAUUUACGAUGGCACAAAUAGAAAGUAUCACAGCUAAGCAAAACUUCACAUUUUCAGAAGAAUUAAUUCCUGCUACAAAGAUUGUUGUGUAAAAUGUUAAAGUGAAAUUGUUCAACUAUCAACUAUGCAGAUAAUUAAUAAGAGGAAGCUAUGAAAUAUUGAAAAUAUUAAUGGUCCAUUUGAUAUAAGUGGACCAUAGUUUAUAUUUUAAAUUACAGUAUUAUUUAAAAGUUUUUAUAUUAAGUACUUUCGCUGUUAUAAUAUAUUAUAUUCAAUAAUGGCUAAAAUAAAAGAUAAUACUGUCCAGAUAAUAUUUAUUUCUUUACUGCUGGACCUUUUGGCAUUUACUAUGAUAUUACCAUUGUUACCAGCUUUAUUAGACUAUUAUAAAGAAAUAGAAGAUAAUCAAGGCAUAUAUUUUAAAAUUUUGUAUUACAUACAAAACGCAAGAAAAUUUUUUGAUGCUCCUGAUAAAGUCAAUACAGUACUUUACGGUGGUUUUCUUGGUUCUAUGUAUUCUUUCCUACAAUUUUUGAGUGCUCCGAUAGUAGGAGCAUUAUCAGAUAUAUAUGGAAGGAAACCAUUGAUGAUAUUUUGUCUAACAGGUAUUGCAUUGUCUUACCUGUUAUGGGCACUUUCUUGUAAUUUUGCUAUAUUUGUAUUAGCAAGAUUUGUUGGAGGUAUUAGUAAAGGAAAUAUUAAUUUAUCAAUGGCUAUCAUUAGUGAUGUUACAUCUCCAAAAACAAGGGGAAAAGCAAUGGCACUUGUUGGCAUAGCUUUUUCUAUAGGCUUUGUAGCAGGUCCAAUGAUAGGAGCAUUUUUUUCAUGGAUUUCUAGUGAUAAUAGAAAAGGGACUUGGUACAUAAUACCUGCAGUAUUUGCUCUUUUCUUGGCAGCGAGUGACUUGUUUUUUACUGUUUGCUACUUAAAAGAAUCUUUACCGUUGAAUUGUAGAACCAGUAAUUUUGUAACUGGUGCCUCUGGAAUUCUUACUUACAUUAAUCCUAUAGAUCUAUUCCAAUUUAAUGGAGUGUCUGGACUAACUUUGCAAGACAAAAAGGAUUUAAAAACACUGGGUUGUGCAUAUUUCAUAUAUUUGUUCGUGUAUAGUGGCUUGGAAUUUACCUUAACUUUCUUAACUCAUUAUUUGUUUAAAUUUACAAGCAUGCAACAAGGAUGGAUGUUUUUGGGAAUUGGAUUAGUUAUGGCAAUUUUGCAGGGAAGUUGGGUACGAACAAUUCCACCUAAUAAAACAAAGUCUGUUGCAGGAUUGGGUUUAUGGCUGAUUAUUCCAGCAUUUAUCUGUGUAGGUUUAGCAAAUGAUAUAUUGACAUUGUCAGUUGGAGUAUUUCUGUUUGCAAUUUCAACUGCCAUGGUUGUUACAUGUAUGAUGACGCUUGUAACACGUAUUGGUCCAGAUCAUCAAAAAGGUGCAAUAACAGGUGUUUUUCGUUCUCUUGGAGCAUUAGCACGAGCUUGUGGACCUAUUGUAGCUUCUUCAGCUUUCUGGUGUAUUGGUAGUAAGGCAACAUAUCUUACCGGUGCUGUAUUUCUUGUAUUUCCACCUUUAAUUCUUCAAACUGUUAAGUCAUUUUGAAACAAAGGAAACAUAAAAGGUAUUUAUAUAAGUAUUGUAUAUUUAUAUUUGUACAGUAUUUUUACACAUUUUAUAACGUUUGUUGUUAUAACGUUUUAUAACGUUACGUAAACAUUUAAGAAAAUAUUCUUUAUACGCUUUUUGUAUCAUGUAUGGAGAGUGAAUAAUUGUACAUUUUAACAU